AUGUUUUUUAAUAAUGAAGACAAAAACAUGUUCAAUAAAAACAAUACGAUGAAUAAUGGAGGAAAUGGUAAUAACCCUAAUAUGUGGAAUAUUCCAAAUAAUAAUUUAAACAAUACAAAUUUUUUUGUCCAAAAUUUAAAUAACCAAAAUGAUUCAAGUAAAAAUAAUAUUUUUAUGAAUAGUAUGAAUAAUCAAAAUGAAGUAAUAAAAAAUAAUAAUUUUUUCGGAAGUACUAUGAAUAAUCAGAAUGAUAUGAAUAAAGGCAGUAAUAUCUUUACUAAUAAUUUAAGCAAUCAAAAUGAUUUAAUAAAAACUAGUAAUUUCUUUGGUAAUAAUUUGAGCAACCAAAAUGAUUUAAAUAAAAACAGCCUCUUCAGUAAUAAUUUGAAUAGUCAAAAUGAUUUAAAUAAAAACAACCUCUUCAGUAAUAGUUUGAAUAACCAAAAUGAUAUUAAUAAAAAUAACACUUUCUUUACUAAUAGUUUGAGCAGUACAAACGUCCAAAGUAAAAGUAAUAAUAUAUUUGGUAAUAAUUCUGUUAAUUCUUCUAAUACAUUUAAUCAUAAUUUAUUCAGUGCAUCAAAAAAAGAUAUUUACCCAGGAUUCACAAGAAAUAUAAUAGGAAAUACAACAAACAAUAGUUCAAACAUUUUUAAAAAAAGUACUUUAGGCAGUUCAAUAGCCUUAGGCAGUCAAUUAAACGAAGAGAGAAAUACAGAAAGCGGAUUAUUUUCAAAAGAACAGUUGGAAGCAGCAAAAAAAAUUUUUGCUAAUUCAUCUAAUUCUAAUACCAUAUCAAAUUUAAAUAAUAAAACGAAUAAUAAUAACACUAAUAAAUUAACAUUUAACGAGGGAUUUUCUUCAAGCUCUAAUUCUUUUGCAAAGAAUCAGAUAAAUCCUUUUCAGAGUAUAGCAUUACAAGCUUGUGCACAAAAUGAUAAAUCAUCUCUUUUAAAAAAUAAUAAUUCAAAUUCAUUUCUUACAAAUAAUGAAGGAAAAUUAAAUAACUUUGGUAUUCUUGGUAUGAGUAACCUAAGUUCAACAAAUAAAUUAAAUAAUUCUAAUGAUUUAAAUCAAAAUAAGCCAUUUAAUCAAAAUGAUAAUUUAUUUUCAACGAAAAAUAAUACUAGUAAUUUUAAUAAUUCAUCGAAAUCAUUACUUUCCAAUUUUAAUUGUAGUUUUAGUUCUUUUGCAAAAUCUAACACAAGUGAUUUAUUUAAAUCUAAUAAUGCAUCAACAUUUAUUUCACCCUUUAAUAAAACCUCUAAUAACGAAAAUCCUUUUAUUACAGAUUCCUUUAAAAUUUCAAAUCAAAUGAAAAAUAAUGAAAACUCUUUUAAUUUUAAUAGUUUCAAAAAUAAUUCUUUCACUAAUAAUUCUUCUAUAUUUUCUUUUAACACAGAAAAUAAGAAUGUUAUUGACAGUAAAAAUGCUGAAAAUAAAAUCGUUGAAAACAGAAAUAUUGAAAAUAAAGUUAUUGAGAAUAAAAAUAUUGAAAAUCAAACUAUUGAAAAACAAAAUAAAGAAAUUCAAAAAAUUGAAAUUAAAAAUAUUACAGAUACUAAAAGUAUAGGAAUUGAACAAUUUAAUAAUGAAAAAUCUGAAAAAGAAAAAGGGAAGGAAGAAGAAAAAGAAAAAGAAAAAGAAAAGGAAGAGAAAGAGGAAGAGAAAAAGGAAAAAGAAGAGGAAAAGGAAAAAGAAAAAGAAGAUGAAAAAGAAAAAGAAAAAGAAAAAAACGAAAGGAAAGAGGAAAAAGAAAGGGAAAAAGAUGAAAAAAAUAAAAAAUAUGAAGAAAAAGAAAAAGAUGAAAAAAAUGAAAAAUAUGAAGAAAAAGAAAAUAGUGAAAAUAUAAAUUUAUUAGAUAAUAAAAGCAUAGAAAAUAAAACGAAUGAAAAUGAAAAAGAAAAAGAAAACAAAAUUACUGAAAAGAAUAUUAUUCAAAAUGAAAUAGAGAAUUCCCCCAAAGAAAAAAUUGCUGAAAGUGGAGGUGUCAGUAAAAAUGAAAAAGAUGAAAAGGUAAAGGACAAUAACAUAGUAAAUAACUCUAUUUUUAGCACACCGUUGUUUAAAAACAAUACAUCAAGUAAUGAUAUUAAAGAAAAUUUUACACAUAAUAAUUCAAAUAACAAUGAGGAUAAUAAAAAUCCAACUUCUAGUUUUUUUUUUAAAGUUGAACAAAUUAAAAUAGAUAAAAAUGAAAAAUUAAAUGAUAGAGAUAAUGAAAACAUUUUUGCUAAUUUAAAUAAAACUUCACCAUUAACAAAAGAAAUCUUUUCUCUAAAUACCAAAAAAAAUUCGGAUGAUGAAAAAUUAAUUCAAACAAAUAAUGAUUAUAAUAUUAGUAUAAAUAAAAAUAAAAGCAUAUUUGCAAAUGAAGAAAAAAAGAAAGAACAAAAAUCUGCAGAUGAAGAUAAGAACAAAGAAACCAAUACAUUGAAAUCUUCAUUAUUUAGUUUUGAUACUUCUAAUUUUUUAAAUAAUGAACAAAGAUUAAACAUAGCAAAAGAAAAAGACGAACCAAAGAAGUCUGGAAAUGAGGAUAUAAAAGAAAAUAGAUCUAAAAAUUUAGAAACUUAUGAUAAAAAUGCACUAAAAAUAGGUGAUGGAAAUAAUAUGUGGAGUUUGCCAUUCACAAAUAAAAUAGAUUCCAAAGGAAAAAAUGAAAGUUUAAUAAAAAAAAAUGAUAAUCAAUGUAAUAUGUUAUCAAAUGAUUUAAAUUUAUAUAAAGAUAAUUUUUUUAAUAGCAACGCAAAAAAAGAAAAUGAACAUGAUAAUGAAUUUAUUAAAAAAGAUCAUGAAGCUGAAGAAACAAAUAAAGAUACAAAAGUAAAAAAUGUAAACGUUUCUGAUAAUUUUAUAAUUAAUAAAACUUUUCAAACAGAUUUUAAUAAAAAUAAUUUAAUUUCAAAAAAAGAAGAAAAAAAUAACUUAUUUUUAUCACCUAAUAAUAACAUAACUUUUUAUAAUAAUACCUUCAAUAACAAAAAUGAAAUACAAAAAACUGAAGAUCAAGAUGAAGUAAACAAUGUAAGCAACAUGUUAAAUUUUGUCUCAUUAGAAAAUAGGAAAAAAAAUGUAUAUAUAAAUAAUAAACAAGAAUAUGAUGAAAAAAAUAAAGCAAAAGAUGAUUUUUUAUCAGAUGCAAACUUAAAUAAGGAUGAAAAUUUAGAUCAUCCACUUUUAUUUAAUAUUCAACUAAAAGAAACCAAAGGAACUCUCAGAAACAAUGAUAAUACAAAGGACAUGAAUUUUAAGGAUUUUCAAUAUCUUUCCGAGAAAAGUGUAAAAAAGGAAAAUGACCAAAAACAAUUAGAAAAGGAUAGGAAAAUUGUAGAAGACAAUAUAAAAGAAAAUGAAACUUUUUUUAAAAAAAACCUCGACCAAGAAAUGAUUCUUGAUGUUAUUGAUAAUUUAUCUUCUUUUGUAAAAAAUAAAAUUAAUUUCAUGAAUUAUUGUUCUAAUGAAAUAUUAGAUAUAUAUAACAAAGUAGCUCAUUAUGAAAAAAUGUAUUCAUUAAUAUCAGAUGAUCAAGUAAAAAUAGAGAAAAAACAAGAAUUACUAGAAAAAAGAUUGAGAAUUAUACAAAGCGAACAAAGUGAUAUAUUAUCUUUGUUAAACGAAAUGGAUAAUGAAACAUCAUUAAGUUUUUUAAAAGUUUUUAAUGGAAAAAAUAUUAAUAAAGAUGAUAUUAUAAAUAAUAAAAAUUUACAUUUAGAUAUUGAUCAUUUUGAAAAGUUAGCAGAAAAAAUGGAUAAUUUAGAGGAAAUAAUUGAUUCCCUACAAAACACUGAAAAAGAUGAUAUUUUAAAUGAAUUUGUUGCUAAAAGUUUUUUGAAUGAAUUAAAUUGUGAAAAAAUUGAAAAACAAUUAAAUCAUGUGUCUAAUGAAUUGAAAAGUAUAAAAUAG